AGAAACACCUGAGCCCGAAUGCGAGCUGACAGGCUCCUCCUAUCCGGGUAAAAGCGACUUCCGGGUUAUUUUGGUCCGGAGAGCAGCUCAAAGGAGGGGGCAGUAGUAAGAAGACGAAAAAUAUGUCUCUGCUCCUGGACAACCGAUUCGGGGAGCUACCCCCAGACAACUCCGUCAACACAAAACUCUUUCUGGAGACCGUCUCACACCUUCCGACCUUCUUCGACUGUUUGGGCUCCAAAGUGUUUUCGCUCAUCAAGUCAGACAUUAACGGCAACAUCACGAAAAUUAAAGAAGUGUACUUGAAGGACCCGCACCGGUACGUCACCCUGCAACAUAUCCUGGAGUCCGAGCGGCAAGACCUCGGCGCCGAAUGGCCCAAAGCGGGAGCGACGCUGGCUCUCAUGUGGCUCAAGAGGGGACUCCGUUUCAUCCAAAUCCUGCUGCAGAGUUUAGCAGACGGCGAGCGAGAUCUGAACCAGCCCAACCUUAUACGCGUCAACAUUACCAAAGCCUACGAACAGGCGCUAAAGAGAUACCACGGGUGGUUUGUGCAGAAGAUUUUCAACACGGCGCUUUACGCUGCUCCCUAUCGGUCCAACUUCCUCAAGGCACUGUCGAAAGGAGAGGAUGUGAAAGAGGAAGAAUGUCUGGAAAACCUGCGUCACUUCCUGGUCAACUUCGCCGCCACUGUGGACGCAAUCUAUGAUAUGUACGCGAGGCUCAACGCGGAGCUGGACUACACAGUUUAAUGUCAGAGCGCGGUGUCAUUUAUUUACCUUCCAUGUGUGAUUUUAAUGUAUUUAUUUUGUUAUUUUGCCUUAUAACAGAAUCUGCGGAGCCUUACAUUUGAGCAAGUGUUACAUUUGAGUUUUUUUUUUUUUUAAUGCAGCGCUCCUGCUGCGGUUUCACAAGAUUUCAUGACUACAGCUGGUGCCUUAAUAUGAGUGGACUGACAGACAACGUUGUCAGAAAAUAUGUAAGAUGCUUACACAAGAAAUUAUGACACAAUUACACAGUUCCUAAAAGGGAUUUAUUUUGUCUACAUGUCCAGUGUUUGAUGAAAGGAUGUGAUUAUUGUUUAAUGCUUUGUGACUAUAACUUGUUAAUCAGAGUGA